CGAGGCGGGGCCGGGGAGACUUCCCCCGAACCGGGGCGGCAACGGGCCUCCAGCUGCAGCCCGGGGUGGGUGCGGGCUCCCCGCAGCCUUGGGGGUUGGAAGGGAGGCCCCAGGGGGGCAGGAUUCACACCCGGGCCCCCCCGAGGCGCCCCCUCUCAGCUCUCGGUCGGGCACAGGUGCCUGAGUGGGUGUUGAGGCUGCCGGGCAAGUGCAGCUGCCCAGGGGCUCCUCCCACGGGGGCUCAGGGGGCCGCCACCCGGCCUGGCCUCUGUCAUCGCAGCAGUGGGGCCGCCGUGGGUCCCUGCCCCCGUGGCUGCGGCGAGGGGACCGGACACUAGGCCCCCACCCCAGGACGGCGCGGGGGAGGUGGCUGGGCCCCGGGAGGGGCGGAGUCGGGGUGACAGGAGGGAGGAGCCCCACCCCGCCCCGGGCUCCCAGUGACAUUCCUGGCUGCUGGCGACUGACUCGGCCCCACCUGAGAGGCCAGGGCCGGGCCUGGCUAUUUAACCGGGUGGCGGUGGCGGUGGCGGUGGCUCUGUGCUCGGGGAUCCUGCUCCGCGGAGCUGGGCCCCACCUGGAGGGCAGGUGCGUCCCCCCGGCCCGCCGGCCUCAGUGUGGCCCUCUCGGGCUGCCCUGCCCCGGGCCCAGCCAUGGCGGUGCAGGUGCCCCUGUGGCACCACUACCUGCGGGCCAUCCGCUCCAGGGGGGCGCCGCGGGCGCGGGACUACCAGCGUGCCGAGGACGUGCUGCUCACCGUCCUGGAGCGCGUGCACGACCUGGACCCGCGCUUCCUCGUGGACUACUCCCGUGACCUGGAGGCCUUCCAGUUCGCCCUGCGCUCCUCUGAGGACCCCCUGGACAUGGAGGUGCCCCUGUGCGUGGACGCCGAGGCCCUCCUGGUGGAAGAGGUGGGGGCCGCCGAGGCAGGGGACGGCCCCGCGUCCUGCCGCCUGGGGGUGUCCCGGGAAGGGCCCCGGCCCGAGCAGUGGACGGCCGACGACGUCUUCAACGUCUCCUCGGACGGGAGCGCCAAGUGCUGCGGCCACAUCGUGCCCAGCAAGGUCCUGCACGUCCUCAAGGACCUUCUGGUGGCGGCCAUCGUGCACUGCAGGCACCAGAGCCUCAUCGCGCCAGGUUCCCUGAACGCGGACAGCCUGAGGGAGGAGGAGCUGCACCUGUCCCUGCUGGUGUCCAGCGGCUGGAGGACGGUCCGCUUCCACGUCGUGCCCGUGGUUCGCAGAAAGCACCGGGUGCCCGCCCUGGAGGGGGCCCAGCUGAUGCAUGCGUUUCCUGGGGGCAGCUUGAGAAGGAUCGUCGGCCAGGAGGUGGCCCUGGUGCCGGCUGGCGCCCAGCUCUGGAGGGUCUCCACCGACCACCUGCUCACCCGGCUGCUCGGUGCACUGGGCUCCUUCCGGGGCCACCGCCUGGACAGCCUCUCCAUCCUGGACCGGGUCAACCACGAGAGCUGGCGUGACAGCGGCCAGAGCCCCGGCCUGACCUACGGCCACCUGAAGACCGUGCUGCUGUGGGCCUCGGUGCUCUUCCCCGCGCCCGAGGACUGGGCGGAGCUGCAGGGCGCCGUGUACCGGCUGCUGGUGGUGCUGCUCUGCUGUCUGGCCACCAGGAACCUGCCGCACUUCCUCUACCCCGGCUGCAACCUGCUGCGGGACACCGGCCUGGACCUCAACGCCCUGUACCAGCGGGUGGAGCACUUCGCCAGCCAACCUGAGGCGUCCCUGCGUAUCCACGUCACCCACCUGGGCCGCAGCCCCCCACCGCGCAUCGGCAACGGGGUCAAGGCGCUCCUGCAGCUGCCCGCCAGCAACCCUGCCUACUGGGCCACCGCCUACUUCGACGUCCUGCUGGACAAGUUCCAGGUCUUCAACAUCCAGGAUAAGGAACGGAUCUCCGCCAUGCAGAGCAUCUUCCAGAAGACCAAGACCCUGGACAGUGAGGAGUGCUGAGCUGGCUUCCCCCGACUCAGUCUUUACCGCCCACGGCCCUGCCCCACAGAGGAUCCCAGGACACUUGGGGGAGAGUGGGCUUCUCCUGAGGGGGGCGGUGGGUGGUAGGGACGUCCGCAGGGCCACCGCAGACUGUCAGGAUGGCCUCGUGGGAGCCUGAGCGUGCCGGGCAUCAGGCCUCUGGGAGCAGCUGCCCAAACGCCGGGCCUGGGAUGAGGUGCCUUGGGUUUCACAAGAUGCGUGUUGACCCAUUCUGUGUGAUAUCAUCAGACUCUCAAAACCAAGCGUCUGCAUGACACCUGGAGCCCCAGCGCUUGUCCCCACCUGCGUCACGAGCCACUCUGUGGUGACGAAUACUGUCUAUCUGAUCUCGAAUAAACUCGCGCACUGGAUAUACACAGGG